ACCAAGCGCUCAUCUACAUGACAUGAGUGAAAAAUCUUUAGUAAACCUUGUUCCUUCUUUAUUGGUGUGCGGUGAGGAAUUGUGGCUGAAUCCACAUUCCCCCCCAACUUUAGAAAUGAAUUGUUGUCGCGGAAUAAAUAAGACUAGUGCCAGUGUGACGUCAUCACCGCGUGUGCAUCAUGAAGUCGGAAAAGUGUUGAAACUAUGAGCAAGACUGAGGACGCCAUAAAGACCCUUGUGGAAGUUUACUUGAAAUCUGCCAAGGGUAAAGAGAACCUUGGACCAAAAGACUUUCAGAAGCUUGUCGAGAAAAAGCUGCAUAAUAUUAUGAUGGAUACAGACAACGCAACAGCAGUGGCAGAAAUGCGCAAGGGUCUGGAUGACAACCAAGAUGGCAAGGUCAGUUUCCAGGAGUACAUGACCCUGAUGGGCUACCUGGCCAUAUCAUUGAGUGACCACGUCACGUCCACCAUGGGCGCGCCGUCUACAGAGCAGAAGCAGGACAAGAAGGAGGAGGCAGAAUAAGCUUUCCGCUUCGUCAGAACACUGCCACAGGCUGCACACCCUGCUACAGUAAUGUUUGCACAGUGGGAUUCACCUUCUAAGACAGUCUAGCCCUGCCCAGCCGAGCCCUGUUCAGUUAUGGAGAGCCAUUUCAGCACUGUAUUGAAAAGUAGACCGGCAGAGGCAUGUCACUAAAUAUAACACGAUACACUGUGGUGGUGUGGGAACUUAGGCACAUAAUUAGCAGCUGGGGUAAGAUGAAGCACCUCCAGUUGAGUUUUUUGUACCCUAAUGAAUCCUCUUGUGUUUCUGUUUUGACAGGUGUCUGUGUUCACACCUGGGUAAUGUGUAAUCAGGUGUGUCAGGUUUUAUUCUGGAUCACUGUCCUGACUUUAUAAGAAUAACCAUACAUGGACAUAUAGAUAUAGACACCACCUCGUAUUGAGUGUAUGUAAUUCAGCACAGAAGUGAACCAUCACCACAGCUGGUAUAUUUUACCUUCUCCUCAGCAUGUACUUUGUACCUCGAUUUAGCGGCAUAGCUGCAUUUAAACAGGACUCUGUGCUUCUUCCAGGAGCUCUCAGGAGCUCUUUCAGUUUACCCAUACCUGUGCCACACUGCCUCCAGCUCUGCCGUUUGGAUCCGUGCCACUUGUCAGAUUGAGGAGAAUGAUUGACAGUCACUUUCACUCAGACUGAUGACACAGACCCUUGGUCCAACUAGCAAAUUCAGUGAUGCCUCUCUACUGAGCACUCAGCUGUAAUGGUUAUGCUAUAUUUUUGUGUCUCGUUGACAAACUCAAUAUGUUAUCGAGUCCUACAUGUGCCUUAAUGCCUGUUAAUAAAAGUUAAA